CAAGCUGGUCCUGAAGUCGGCGCCGGUGGUGACCACGGCGGCUGCUGCUCCUGCGAUGGAGCCGGGCCCCUCUGUGUCCCCGGGACCUUCGCUCUCCUUCAAAGAGGAGCUUCUGUGUGCUGUAUGCUACGACCCGUUCCGCGACGCGGUGACACUGCGCUGCGGCCACAACUUUUGCCGCCGGUGUGUGAGCGGCUGCUGGGAGGUGCAGACGACGCCCUCGUGCCCGGUGUGCAAGGAACGUGCGGCUCCCGGGGAGCUGCGCACCAACCACACGCUCAACAACCUGGUGGAGACCCUGCUGCGGGAGGAGGCCGAGGGAGCGCGCUGGACAGGUCGCCGAUCCCCGCGCCCCUGCCGCACGCACCGCGCUCCUCUUACUCUCUUCUGUCUGGAGGACAAGGAGCUGCUGUGCUAUGCCUGCCAGGCUGAAGCCCGGCACCAGGAGCAUCGCGUGCAGCCCAUCAAGGACACUGCACAGGACUUCCGGGCCAAGUGUAAGAACAUGGAGCACGUGCUUCGGGAGAAAGCCAAGGCCUUUUGGUCCCUGAGGCGUACCUAUGAGGCCAUCGCCAAACACAAUGAGGUGCAGACAACUUGGCUGGAAAGCCGCAUCCGGGAUGAGUUUGACAAGCUCCGGGAUUUCCUGAGGGUGGAGGAACAGGCCACUUUGGAUGCCAUGAAAGAAGAGAGCAGAAAAAAGCACUUGCUGGCUGAGGAGAAGAUGAAACAGCUGGCAGAACAGACCGAGGCACUGGCUCGUGAGAUUGAGCGGCUGCAGAUGGAGAUGAAAGAGGAUGACAUGACCUUCCUCAUGAAACACAAGAGCCGAAAGCGCCGACUCUUUUGCACCGUGGAGCCAGCUCCUCUCCAGCCUGGCUUGCUGAUGGAUGCAUGCAAGUAUCUGGAGUCCCUGCAGUACCGUGUCUGGAAGAAGAUGCUUGGGUCUGUUGAAUCUGUGCCCUUCAGCUUGGAUCCCAAUACAGCUGCCGGCUGGCUCAAAGUGGCUGAUGACCUCACAAGUGUCAUCAACCAUGGCUACCGCGUGCAGGUGGAGAAUCCUGAGCGCUUCUCUUCGGCGCCCUGCUUGCUGGGCUCUCAAGUGUUCUCGAAGGGCUCCCACUCUUGGGAGGUGGAUGUGGGUGGCCUGCCGAGCUGGCGGGUGGGCGUGGUGAGGGUGCAGAUGCACGUGCAGGCGCAGGCACAGGCUGAUGUGAGUGGCGAAGGCCACACACACAGCUGCUACCACGACACCCGUUCCGGCUUCUGGUACCUCUGCCGCACGCAGGGUGUGGACGGAGACCACUGCAUGACUUCAGACACAGCCACAGCCCCUCUUGUCCAGGCCAUGCCACGCCGGCUGCGUGUGGAGCUGGAGUGUGAGGAGGGUGAGCUGUCCUUCUAUGACUCUGAGCGCCACUGCCACCUGUACACCUUCCAUGCCCACUUUGGGGAAGUGAGGCCCUACUUCUACCUGGGGUCCUCUCGGAGUGAUGGUCCCCCAGAGCCUCUGCGCAUCUGCCAUCUGCGUGUCUCCAUCAAGGAAGAGCUGGACAUCUGAGCUGCCGUGGUCUGCUGGACACUGGACUGGGGACCUCUUUUGUCCCAGUAUCUUCUGGUAGCCCGCUAUUGCCACUCGUGCAGCAUCCUGUAUUCUGUUUGUCCUUUCUGUAACUCCAUGUCCUUCUAUGCCUCUGUCUUUGUUUUCAGUCCCUGUCCUGCUCCAAAGUUAAGAGUCAUCCAGGAGAGCUUGGUGAGCCUAGGCACCACUUAGAGUCGUGGCACCUUUGGGAUGUAGGUUUUCUGACUCCUUUGCUGGUGAAAUGUUUUCUUGUAGAAUGGGCAUUUUAAAUAUAGGUGGCUGUUUUUAGAGACGAUUAGGCUGCCAGUCAGAGAUGCCUCUUGUUGAGUCAGUUGUCACAUUUCCCAGGAGGAAAGCCUCGUCAGGCCACAUACACACACGCACUCCCUAGGAUUGGUAGAGAGGAGUGGGCAAAGCCUUCACCCAGGCUGUCCUACCCCAGUAGGACAAGCUAGGCAUUGGCCAGCCUAACCGGACAGCGUGGCUUUUGGCAGUUGGUCUGAGGCCCAGGAGUCCCCGUUUGCCCAACACUGACUGGGAUGGUUAGGACAGGAAAGUCCUGGCCUGCUCUGUGGGAACUGUAGGGUGUGGGGUACUCUGGAGUGCAGCUCAGUUAACGGAGGUCACAGCAAAGGCAACUGUAAGGCUGUUGGCAGUGGCUAAGGAUUGGCCAGUUUCUAGUCAGUGGCCUAGAGGCCAAAGCACCAGAAUGCAGUGAGAAGGCAGUCGAUACUGGCUGGGUCAGGAGCCCGAGCUCUGCUCCUCAGUCUCAGGCGGAGCUUCUGGUUGGCAUGGAAUUGACCCUGAUUCAUGCUUUGAAAGUUUGUGGGAUCCGGAGAGUCCUGGCCCUAUCUGCCCUUCUCAUUGGCUUCAGUCCACUUGUUCUUGCUCUGCUCUCUGCCAGGUUUCACCCCAACUUCUCCUUUGUGUGUACCUCUACAUUUUCUUUCUCAGUUUUGACUAUAGAUGGAGUCUGAUUGCCAGCCGCCAAGUCCCAAGUGGUGUUGUAAAGAGACAUGUCUUCCCGGGUGUACUGUCACAGUCAGGGACACGUUACUGACCUAGGACCUGGCAUCCCAGUUUCAGCCUGCACCCCACAUUACAUAAGCCUGAUGCUUUAAACCAUGCCGCUCACCCACUAAUUGGCUAUAAAUAGGUCAUAUACGUUGCUUAUCUAACAAGUGGGGCCUCAGAAGAGACACACUGUAGUGCAGGCUAGGCUGGAUGCAGGAACAGCAUUAGCAAACCAUUACCUUGUGGCAGAUGCUUAGGCUCUUUGGGAUCCAAGUAGGUGUGAAAGGGUACGCCCUUGGUGCGGGGCAACUAGUUUAUGUGUGAGAAGCUUUUUCUGAAAUCACUGUUACGAUGAGCUUUUUAUUUUCACUUUAAUUUUUUUUAAAUAGGGAAAUUUCAGUGAUCUAGGCUCCUUUAGAAAUAUUUAACACACUACCCAUAACAGACUAUGUUUUCUUUCAGUGCUUUUGUAAACACAAAUUUCUAUUGAACCUAACUUGUACCUGACUUGAUGCUUUUCAUUGUAAGAUUUUAUGGUGUGCAGUGAGUGUCCCAUUUAGUUAGUUAGUUACUGCUUUUUUAGUUAUGAGUAUAGCUGCUAUGAAAUUUGUGUGCAACUUUUGUGUGGAUGUGUCUUUUUUUUUUUUUAAAUCCUCUGUCAUAUACCUCAGAGUCUGUUUUCCAGGUCAUAUGAUAAUUGUAUUAAACCCUUUGAGGACUCGCCAAACUGUUUUCUAAUAGAGCCAUACCGUUUUCUGCUCCCAGUGGCAGCAGGUGAGGGCUGGGUUGUUACACAUUCUUGCCAGCACUGUCUGCCCUCUAACUUAGCUGUCCUAGUGAGGAAGAAGAGUGUCUCAUUUGGCCUUCAGUUGCCAUCGCUGCUAACUAAAAUGGAGCAUCUUUCUCGUGUUCGCUGUGUGUCUACCUAAGAGGCGUAAGCCUUUGCCCAUUGGGUUGUCUGUCCUUCCUUUCAUUAUGAAGUUUUAUGAGUUUGUUAUGCAUUCUAGAUAAAAGUUUCUCUGUCAAAUAAAUUACUUAUAAAAUUUUCCUCCUA